AUGGCCCCUCCUCCUCCUGCAAACCUUCCUCUCCAGGAGCGCAUGCUCCAGCUCGUGCAGACGCUGCAGUUCGCAUGGUUCGCUGGCCAUGUCACCCUCUUGCUGUCCUCGGUCCGCUACGCUCUUUCGUACUUGACCUUCCACGCCAACUCCAAGUGGGCCACCUUCUCGUACCGCACGGCUUUCGUUGCAGCCGCUGUCACAUACGGCAUUGUCGUCUUUAAGAGCUUCCGUGCUCGUGCUCGUGCCGGCAAGGCUCAGGGCGGUGCUUUCCAGAUCAUUGGCGAUGAGAACGUCCAAUACCUGGUCAUGGCUUUGAUCUGGCUCUGGUCUCGUCAGAUCCCUCUUGCCAUUCUGCCCUUUGCUGUCUACUCCGUCUUCCACGUCGCAACUUACACCAGAUCCAACCUCCUGCCCACAAUCCAGCCCCAGCCUGCUGUUGCUGCUGGUGAGAAGCCCAAGUCGUCUGGCCUUGCCGACACCAUUGGCCAAUUCGUUAAGAACUACUACGAUUCGUCCAUGACUCUUGUCGCUAUCCUCGAGAUUGCUCUGUGGUUCCGCCUGGGCUUCUCUGCCCUCCUUUUCCAGAAGGGCUCUUGGAUCCUGAUUGCUGUCUACACCGUCUUCCUCAGAGCUCGCUUCCACCAGAGCACCUUUGUGCAGUCGGCCGUCAACCAGCUGGGCGCUCGUGGUGACGCUAUUGCCAACCGCCAGGACCUGCCUCCCGCUGUCAGACAGGCCUGGGAUGGCCUCAAGAGCGGUAUCAAGCAGGCCGCUGACUUGACCGACAUCAACCGCUACGCUGGUGCUCAGCAGCAGGGUGUCCCCAAGAAGACCCAGUAG